AUGGAGAAUCAAACUACUGUUCCUUAUUUUCUGCUCCUGGAAUUUUCAAAAAAUCGGCAACUGCAGCUUCUACAUUUCUUCUUAUUCUUCAUAUUAUACCUGGCAACAGCAACAGCAAAUCUUCUCAUCAUCUCUGUAAUAGCUUUUGACCAUCAACUGCACAGCCCCAUGUACUUCUUUCUAAUGAAUUUGGCUUUGCAAGACCUAGGCAUUGCUUCAGUCAUUGUUCCCAAAUCUAUGAUAAAUUCUCUCAUGGACACCAGACAAAUCUCUUACUUUGGUUGUCUUGCUCAAAUCUUUCUCUUUGUCUCCUUUGAAGCUUUUGAAUUGUUCCUCCUGACAGUCAUGGCAUAUGAUCGGUAUGUUGCCAUUUGCCGCCCACUGCACUAUGAGAUGGUGAUGAAUUGGAAAGCCUGCAUCAAAAUAGUUAUUCUGGUGGGAAUUACAGGUAUACUUUAUGGAAUGUUGCACACCACUGGCACUUUUUACAUCCCUUUGUGUUCUAAUAUUAUCAACCAAUUUUACUGUGAAAUUCCACAAUUGCUAAAUCUGUCCUGCUUUGGUUUCAAUCUACUUGAAAUUGGAUUGCUUGGAGUUAGUAUAACUGCAGGAUUUGGUUGCUUUAUUUUUAUUAUCUUCUCCUAUGUCAUGAUCUUCAAGGCAGUGCUGAGAAUCCCUUCAAUGAAAGGAAGGCAGAAGACCUUUUCCACUUGUCUUCCACAUCUGAUAAUCUUUUGUAUUCUUUUGGUAACUUCAUGCCUGGCCUACCUGAGACCCCCCUCUAAUACCCCAUCUUAUUUAGAUUUAGUAUUCACUGUCCUAUAUUCCUUACUUCCACCCCUGUUCAAUCCAAUCAUCUAUAGCAUGAGAAAUAAGAAUAUCAUACUUGUCCUAGCUAAACUGUGGAGAUUCUGA